CAUAGACAGAUUGAUGAGACACGAAAGGGACUUAAUGGCAAGUUAGAGUUAUGGCGCCUUUCCUUGGAAUCGAAAUGUUUCAAGCUAAGUAGGACUAAAAUUGAAUACAUGGAAUGUUGUUUCAGUGGUGGAGUGUCCGGCUUAGCAUGGAAUGUAGCUAUUAGGGCAUAUCCUGGGGUUGGGACGGGGGUAGGAGGGUCGCAGAGGGGUAGUGUAGUGUCACAUGUGCGUUUCGGCUCAUGGAACAUAGGGACCCUCACGGGUAAGUCGAUUGAGUUGGUGCAAGUUCUCAAGAGGAGAAGAAUUCAGGUGGCAUGCGUGCAAGAAACCAGGUGGGUGGGCACUAAGGCGCGAGAGGUUGAUGGUUUCAAAUUGUGGUAUUCAGGUUCAGCUAGGGGAAGGAAUGGAGUCGGCAUUCUGGUGGUGCCGGAGCUGCGAGAGUUUGAGGUGGAGGUGAAGAGGAUUAGUGAUCGUCUAAUGUUUAUCAAGUUGGUUUUGGGUGGCUGUGCGAUCAAUGUCGUGAGUGCUUACGCCCCGCAUGUUGGCGACGAAGUUAAGAAGGAGUUUUGGGACGCCUUGGAUGGGGUGGUUGUUGGUUUUCCACUGACUGAAAAAGUCGUCAUUGGAGGCGACUUCAAUGGCCAUAUUGGAGAAUCGGCCGAUGGCUUUGAGGACGUGCACGGUGGUUUUGGCUUUGGCAGCAGGAACCCAUCAGGAGUCUCACUCUUGGAGUUUGCCAAAGCGAGUGAUUUGGUGGUUGCUACCUCGUGUUUCCCUAAACGAGACGACCAUUUGGCUACAUUUGUUAGUGGAGUGGGGACGACACAGAUCGACUAUCUUCUCUUGCGCAGGUGUGAUCGGGUGCUCUGCAAGGAUGCUAAAGUAAUUCCGAGUAAAAACGUCACUACCCAACACAAGCUUCUCGUGAUGGAUGGUAUGAUCAGGUGGGAGAAACAUAGGAGAGUUUUGAGUGGCAACACACAAAUCAGGUGGAGGAGACUAAGUGCGGAGAACAUCGCUGAGUUGACCAGGCGAGUGCAGGAGAAAGGUGCGUGGGAAUCGACCGGAGAGGCUACAGAUAUGUGGGUGCGAACUGCUAACUGCAUCAGGGAAUCAGCCAGGGAAGUGUUAGGUGUGAGCUCUGGCUCUGGGAGUAGGCGUCGGGGUGAUUGGUGGUGGAGCGAUUCCGUCCGAAGUAAGGUGGAAGCUAAGAAGGUGGCGUAUUUGAGGUACAUGGGCUGCAAUGUUGAGGAGGAAAGAGCGGCGUUGCGAGUGGAGUACAAGAAAGCGCGUAAAGAAGCUAAGUUAGAGGUAACGAGGGCAAAUAAUGCCGCUUUUGAACGCCUUUACAAGGAUAUUGAGGAGAAAGGCAGUGUUAAUCCACUGUGCCGGCUUGCUAAGGUGCGCGAGAGGAAGGCCCGAGAUCUAGACCACGUGAGAUGCGUGAAGGACAGCGAUGGUAGAGUGUUAGUUGAGACUGCCAAGGUGGCUAAGCGCUGGGGGAAGUACUUUAGUGAACUCUUAAAUGCGGGAGGAGACCAGAGGCUAGUUCUUGAUGAGUUGGGACAUCCUGGGGCAUCUCGUGUGUAUUGCCGGCGCAUUUGCUUGGAAGAGGUGGUUCGGGCUCUCCGCGUGAUGCGUAAUGGGAGAGCUGUGGGACCAGAUGAGAUUCCAGUGGAGUUUUGGAAGCAUGCGGGUCGUGAUGCGUGGGUUUGGUUAACCAAACUCUUCAAUGUUAUCCUCCGGACAACAUGGAUGCCUGAUGAGUGGAGGGAGAGUCUCUUGAAGGCAAAGUUUGGUUUCAUGCUUGGCAGAUCGACUACAGAGGCCAUUCAUCUCGUGAGGAGGUUAAUGGAAGAGUAUAGGGCUAGGAAGAAGGACCUUCAUAUGGUGUUUAUUGACCUUGAGAAGGCGUAUGAUAGGGUGCCAAGGGAGGUCUUAUGGAGGUGCCUUGAGGCGAGAGGAGUUCCCAUCGUGUACACUCGCGCGAUCAAGGAUAUGUACGAUGGGGCUAUGACCAAGGUGUUCAAGACGGGGUCCCAUGGUGCAUGCUUUUCGCGNUUUCGUUAUCUUGGCUCGGUAAUUCAGGCGGAUGGGGAGUUAGAUGCGGAUGUUGGACAUCGGGUUGGAGUGGCUUGGGCCAAAUGGCGGUUAGCUUCAGGGGUGUUGUGUGAUCCGAAGAUUUCGCCUAGAAUGAAAGGUAAGUUCUAUCGAUCCGUAGUCAGACCUGCUAUGUUAUAUGGGGCAGAGUGUUGGGCGGUUAAGAAGACUCAUGUGCGUCGUCUGCAUGCGGCGGAGAUGCGGAUGUUACGAUGGAUGUGCGGGAAGACAAGGUUGGAUAGGAUUUCGAAUGAGGUUAUCCGACGUCAAGUAGGUAUGGCACCGGUGGAAGACAAGUUGCGGGAAGCGAGGUUGAGGUGGCUUGACCAUGUGAGACGGCGGGAUGCUGAUGCCCCUGUGGAGCCGGGGGUCUCUUGGAAACAGCCUCCCUACUUCCGAGUAGGGGCAAGGUCUGCGUACACACACCCUCCCCAGACCCUACUGUUGUGGGAUUCAACUGGGUUGUUGUUGUUGUUGUUGCCUAAGAGAGACAAGUUUAGCCAUCUGGGUUCAAUCGUCCAGACUGAUGGGAAGAUAGACGGGGAUGUUGCUCAUCGUGUUGGAGCGGUUUGGGCCAAGUGGAAGAUGGCAUCAGGGGUACUCUAUGACAAGAAGAUUUCGGCAAGGAUAAAAAGGAAGUUCUACAGGUCUGUUGUGAGACCAGCCAUGUUAUACGGAGCAAAGUGCUAGGCAGUUAAGAAAACUCAAAUUCACCAGCUACAUGUGAUAUACCCCCGGUACCUACGAAAGUCCUUAAACAAAUUACCGGAUUAAUGACUAAAUCCUACGAUCCUUUUUGGAAUGAAUUUACCCCUCCUAA